AUGGGGGCCGUUUUGUCGUACUACUUCAAGAAGCGCAACAAGGUGAGCGAGGUGGACUUCCCGUGCUACCGGGAGUACGACGCCUAUGGCCAGCAGAGCGUUCCGGUGGAAGGCAGCAGCGCCAGUGACCGCUCCAUGAUCUACCGCAUGGCGAAGACGAGCAACGCGGACUUCGAACGCCUGCGCGACGAGUGGUACAGGGGUGGCACCUGCCUCUCCGUUGUCGAGACAAUCUGCAAGAUGCGCGGCCAGGCCACGUGCUUAGCUUACCGGAAGCUGAGAGAGAUCGAGAAGAGCGAGACGACCACCGCUGAUGGCCGCACGAAAGUGCUCGAGACGUACGUAUUUGAGCCGGGGCUGCGGACGAUCAGCUACGAGCGCCUCUGGAAGUGCGUGAUCAACUUCGGCCGCGGCCUUCAGGAGAUCGGCCUCAAGAAGGGCGACAUCGUCUCCAUCUAUGAGGAGACUCGUUGGCAGUGGCUGGCCACCCUGUACAGCUGCUGGUCACAAAACCUCGUCGUGUCCACCGUGUACGCCAAUCUCGGUGAGGACGCGCUCCAGUACGCCUUGGCAGAGACGCAGUGUCGUGCAAUCGUGUGCAACGGCUCCAAGGUGAAGGACGUGCUGCAGAUGUUCGAGUUAAUCGAGGCACCCAAGCACACCAAAAUCAUCUACCUCGACGAGUUGCCAUCCCCGGUGACGUCAGAGGAGUACGACGUGCACGCAUGGAUCGACCUGGUGCUACUCGGGGAGAAGAGCGAGGCCAGGCACCACAUCCCUAAUGGCGCCGAGAACAAGGAUGACCUCGCGCUCAUCAUGUAUACGAGCGGCACCACUGGCAACCCGAAGGGCGUCAUGCACACACACGGUAGCCUUUACAGCGGCUGCAUGACGAUCAAUCAUCGAAUCACCGACUUGCUAGGGGAGAUGACGGUACAGGAGUGGUACUGCUCCUACCUACCUCUCGCCCACAUCAUGGAGUUUGCCGUCACCUCGGUGCUCAUGAUGCGCGGCGUCAUCAUCGGCUAUGGCAGCCCACGCACACUGACAGACACCUUCGCCAAGCCGUACGGCGAUAUGACUGCGUACCGGCCGUACUUAUUUGUCGCUGUCCCGCGGGUCUUUGAUAUGAUGAAGAAGGCCGUAGAGGCGAAGCUGCCGCCUCCGGGGUCGAUCAAGCGCAAGGUAUUUGAUAAGGCCUACAAGGAUCGCCUCAAGGCGCUCAAGUCAGGCCGCGACACGCCAUUCUAUAACAAGAAGGUCUUCUUCGCUGCCCGUCAGGUGAUGGGCGGCCGCGUGCACGCGAUGCUUAGCGGUGGAGGCCCACUCUCGGCGUCCACUCAGGAGUUUGUCAACGUUGUCUUUGGCAUGGUUAUUCAGGGCUGGGGUAUGACGGAGACGGUUUGCUGCGGCGGCAUCCAACGCACGGGCAACCUUGAGUACAACUCGGUUGGUCAGGUACUCAAUACAGAGGAGCUGCAGCUGCUAGACACGGAGGAGUUCAAGCACACAGAUCAGCCAGAGCCGCGCGGUGAGGUGCUGCUGCGCGGCCCCUUCCUCUUCAAGGGCUACUACAAGCAGCCAGAGCUGACGAAGGAGGCGCUGGACGAGGAGGGAUGGUACCACACUGGCGACGUGGCUGCCAUGGCCCCGAACGGCACCGUGCGCAUCGUUGGCCGCGUCAAGGCGCUCGUCAAGAAUGCCAACGGCGAGUAUCUGGCGCUAGAGGCGCUGGAGAGCAUCUACGGCACGAACGAGGUCACCCUUCCGAACGGCGUCUGCGUGCUUGUCAACUCGCACCGCAGCUACAUCACCAUCAUUGCCUUGACAAACGAGGCACUGGUGAAUGCGUUCAUGAAGAAGCACAAGAUCACAACCGGCACGUUUCCUUCCAUCCUGAAGGACAAGGAGUUUCUGAAUAAGGUGCUCUUCAGCCUCCAGAAGACGGGCCGCGACGCGCAUCGCUCCUCAUUCGAGAUAGUGCAGGGCGUGGUGUUGUUGGACGAUGAGUGGACGCCGGAGAACGGCGUGCUGACAGCCGCCAUGAAGCUCAAGCGCCGCGUCAUUGAGGAAAGGUACGCGGACGCCAUCAAAGGGCUCUUCGAGAAGGAGUAG